CGCUGGUAUGAUAUGCCGCUCCGGGUCCGAGUUGCAGUAAAAGCAAAGCACCCAUCUCCCAUCUCAUCUUGCUGAAAAGUGUUUUGCUCUUCUUGUGUCUCCGUUCCCACGAGUGAUUUGUUCGUCGAAUUCGACGUACAUCGCUGUCCAAACUCUUCGGACAACAACCGUAACGAUGACCGUACACCCUUGUCGGACGCAGCACUAGAUAAGCGUUAAAAAUGCCUCUUCCGAAGCGGCAGGUGGAGCCCAUCCAUGUGUCUCGCAACACCCUGCCCGGCGACAUGCCGGUGCCGAGCGAGCUGGAGGCCGUCACCAACGGCACACUGGCCAACACAGUGCGCCAACUAUCUAGUCUGAGCAGACAUGCCGAGGACCUUUUCGGGGAGCUGCAGAAGGAGGCGGCCACGCUGGCCGCGAGGGCCACGUCGGUGCAGUCGCGAAUCGACCGGCUUGCCGUCAAAGUCACGCAGCUGGACUCCGGCGGCGAGGAGGGUACGCCUGACCUUCUACCUCCUCAUCAUCAGCAAAAGCCCCUACGUGAGAGUCUGUGUGGUGCACGAGUGUCCUUACAAGAUAUGCACCUGAGAAAAGCAUUCAAGAGUUCUGUCAUAUUCGAUCAGCAAGUUGUUUCAAGAGACACCAUGCCUUCAGCCAUGCUGGAGCAGUACAUGCAAUGUGACAAGCCACCUCCAUUGCAGAAACUCAAUCCUUACAGAGAGGAUGGCAAGGAUGGACUCAAGUUCUACACAGACCCCAACUACUUCUUUGACCUCUGGAGGCAGGAAAUGCUGAAGGAUACUGAGAGAAUGAUGCACGACAGGGGAAAGAAGCCUCAUCGUCCACGAGGAGCAGAAGGCGGCCGACAACACAAGAAACGUGUCCGCCAACCUCACAAUACUCGUGAGAGGCAACGCCAGGUUGCCAUGGGCCAGGGAGAGUAUUUGAUGCCAGAAGCCAAUAGCUAUCGCUCCUCCAAAGCUGGCUCAUACGAAGAAGAUAUGAUUGAUCAACGCCCUCCAAGACCUAGCAGUAUUGAGCUGCGAUCCAACUACAGUGAAAACGAUCAUGGUGGUGGAAUGCAUCCACAGCACCACAUGCUUAAUCAAGAUAACGAUCCUUAUGGUCGCAGCAACUAUCAGCCAGGGUACAACAUGCACACCGCCAUGUACAUUCAGCAGCAGCAGCAACAACAGCAGCAGCAGCAACAUGUUAUUUAUGCCAGAGGAAUGAAUAUGCAGGACCCAUACGGCCACACUGUUGACAACAGACAGUCUGUCAGGUCCAACUCUAUCCCUCAAAAUGGUCCAGGCACUCCUGGACAGCGGCCCUCUCAGCCACCGCCUGCUCCACCCAGCACCAACAACUCUGAAUCGAACACGCCAACGACUUUGUCUGCCUCUGGCACCCCAACGCGCGGCAGGAGCAUGAGCGCCACUCGGGACACCCUGCCACCGCCGCCUCCACCCCCGAACGACAUGGUGACCUCACCGCAGAGCAACGGCUCCAUUCCGUCGCACAUGCGAUCGCAGAUGCGCUCGUCUAUGUCGCCACCACGCACAGCCUCACCGCAUAACCACAUGGAUCACGACUACUUGCCUCCACCGCCGCCCGCCCCAGAGGAGCACAGUGCGCCUCCAUCUCCACCCCCAGCGCCCUCGCCGCCUUCGGCAGCGGUGCCGCCCCCGCCGCCGCCGCCACCUCCUGCAGGUGCCUCUGAAACCGGCCUGCAUCACAUUAUGGCCAACGGGGAUGUCAACAAGGUUAUCCUCAAGUCUCCCCCAAAGAAAGCUCCACCUGCACCCAAACCAGUCGACCCUCGGUCUGACCUGCUCAAAGCCAUUCGCGAUGGUAUCACCCUACGAAAGGUAGAGAAGAGUGAAAUGAAAGAGGUUGAGAAGUCAAACGCACUGCAUGAUGUCGCCUCUAUCCUGGCGCGAAGAGUUGCAGUCGAGUUUUCAGACUCAGAGUCUGGAUCAGAUUCGGAAGAGUCUGAUGGUUGGGAGGAGGAAGGUGGGGGUACUGCUGCCAACGCAACUUAGCAGCCAAAUGAUGAGGAGUAACUCAAGUCAGGCUCUUUAUUUGAAGCUUUUUAUGUAUCUGAGUUAUGGACUGGUUGAGCGCAUUAGUGUGUGGGCAGUGAACAGGAUCGGACUCUUCACGUGGUAACUUUGACUGUGAAAGUUUGAGUUGGGCCUUCCAAGUGGAUUCACGAAUUAAAGCAAAUUUCAAGCUUUGGAAAAGCACUGCAUUUUUCAUAUACACACAUUCCUAACUCGCAUAGGAAUUGUAAUUAACUGAUAUUGUUUAUAUAUUGCUGGAGAGAAUCAAAACCCGCGUAUUGAUUUAUUUAUUAAAGGAGUGCAUGUAAAAAAAUUGUGUAACACUUGCGAAAUGCACUGUAUGAUCCAAAAACGUUUAGAUGUAUUGCCUCAAUAGUUGUUAUUUUUACUUUGUCCGAAAUUAACCAUCUAGCGUCCUGAGCAAUAUUUUAAUUUAAAGUGUAUUUUAUCGAAGCUCAAAAUCCAAACUUGCGCCAAAAUAAUUUAGUAAGAAGUCAAAGUUACCGUGCUUGGGCUGCGGACUUAGACAGAGGUACAAGUCGUGGUCGAGGGAUGGAAUUAUGAAAGGUGUGCCGGAAGUCUUGGAACUUUUUUUAUUUAAUCAACAUAAUCCGUGAACAAGUGUUGGAAAAUGCUUUUGCAAUAUGUAUCACUAUCGACAAGUCUAACUGUAAGAGAUAUCCCAUUUGCUAUCCUGAUCUGAAAUAAAUAAACAGUUUUUCUGCAUGUUUAGUGAA